GGUACGAUGGUACGAAACAGAAAAUAAAUUAGCAAAGAUAGAAAUAUUAACUUAAUAUCCAAACCAACCCACAAGUCCGGUUUGAUGGUUAGGCAAACUCUGCCAAACCGGGUUAACUACGGCUGGUAUUCAUAGUUGUUCCUUGUGAUUUGAGGGUGACUUAUUUUGAAUAAUUUGUUUCAUAGUGAAUUUUCAAUGUUUCAAAGGACGACAAAUCAUUCCUUAUCUCAAGGCAUGUCCGGAUGUCCCUUGAGAUGUAUUAGUAGCUACAGUUAAAGAAAAUGGAAAAUGACGAAUUUUAUGAGGAUGUGGGUGAUGAUGUUAUAAAUAUACUAAUUCCACGUUUUCCUAAGAGAUAUUUAAGAAACUAUGAAAACCCAUUGGAAUUUUACGAUGAAUGCCAGUUUCAGAGAAGAUAUAGAUUUUCUAAAGAUAGUACAAUACAUAUAUUAUUUCCUUUAGUAGAAACGACACUGCAAACUGUUAACAAUCGUGGUUUGCCUAUACCACCUUUGUUACAACUUUUAACAGGCCUUCGGUUUUAUGCUACAGGUAGUUUUCAGCUGGUAUGUGGGGAUCUACGUGGGAUAAGCCAAGCGACAGUAUGCAGAAUUAUUAGAAAAAUUUCUAUACAUUUUGCAGAACUACUAGGUGAAUAUAUAAAAUUUCCUCAAAAUAUGGAACAACAGCGGGCAAAUAUUGCUUUGUUCUUUAAUAUUGCUGGAUUUCCAUCGGUUGCAGGGUGUGUGGAUGGUACGCACAUUCCAAUUGCUAGUCCAGGAGGCAACAACGCAGAAGUGUACCGAAAUAGGAAGGGUUACUUUUCCCUAAAUGUACAGGUCAUUGCUGGACCUAGAAGAGAAAUAUUAGAUAUUGUAGUUCGUCACCCAGGGUCCACCCAUGACAGUGUAAUUUUUGAUAGAAGUUCUGCACGUGUACGUUUUGAAUUACGAGAAAUACAAGGAUUACUAUUGGGUGAUAAUGGUUAUCCUCACGCCCUUACCUUAUGACACCUUUGCUGAAUCCAAAUACUAAUUCAGAAGUUCGAUAUAAUAAUGCACAUAAGUCUACAAGAAAUAUUGUUGAAAGAGUUUUUGGGAGCUGGAAAAAAAUCUUUCCCUGUAUUCAUUUUCCUUUAAGAACUAAAAUAGACACUUCUUUAGCAGUUAUUUGUGCUACUGCUGUUCUUUACAAUCUUUGUAUCAGGUACAGAUUGAAUGUAGAGGAUGAGAUUGAGGAUGUACAAGAUGAAGAUAUCCCUGUUGUUAAUUAUAACGAUGGGAAUGCAGUUGGAGUUGCAUUUAGAAGGGCAUUUAUAAUAACACAUUUUUAAAUAU